GUCCACCCCUUUCAGUUUCUGGGGACUGCGCGCCGACGCAGACGGGCAAGCGGAGCCAACAUGCCGGUGGCCCGGAGCUGGGUAUGUCGCAAAACCUAUGUGACCCCGCGGAGACCCUUUGAGAAAUCCCGCCUCGACCAAGAACUGAAGCUGAUCGGUGAAUAUGGUCUCCGAAACAAACGGGAGGUCUGGAGAGUCAAAUUUACUCUGGCCAAAAUUCGCAAGGCUGCCCGAGAACUGCUGACGCUGGACGAAAAGGAUCCCCGACGUCUGUUCGAAGGCAAUGCCCUGCUGCGGCGACUGGUCCGUAUUGGGGUGCUGGACGAGGGCAAGAUGAAGCUGGAUUACAUAUUGGGCCUGAAGAUUGAGGAUUUCUUGGAGAGGCGCCUGCAGACCCAGGUCUUUAAGCUGGGCCUGGCCAAGUCCAUCCACCAUGCGCGUGUGCUCAUCCGGCAGCGCCACAUCAGGGUCCGCAAGCAGGUGGUGAACAUCCCGUCCUUCAUUGUCCGCUUGGACUCCCAGAAGCACAUCGACUUUUCCCUACGGUCUCCAUAUGGGGGUGGCCGCCCAGGCCGCGUGAAGAGGAAGAAUGCCAAGAAGGGCCAGGGUGGGGCCGGGGCUGGUGAUGAUGAGGAGGAGGAUUAAGCCCUCCCCUCCUGGGCUGGAGGGUUGUUUUCCAGUCUCAUAAUAAAACGGAAUGAAUCCUU